AUGGCAUCCCCAAUCAAGGAGUCUACCAUCCCCACUACUGAAAAUGUCCUUGAAACAGGAACUAGCUCUACAACACCAGAUAUAACCCAUGUUGUACCUAUUGACAUAAUUGCACCCAUGUCAGUGCUAGAAAAUGCCCCUAUAGUAGAACCAGACCCCAAACCCAUCCCACAAACAUCUAUGGAGGCCGAAGCUAGCUCCCCUCCAAAGGAGAAAACUACUCAAGCAAGAAAGAAGAGAGCAUCCAAGAGGGAAACUAUCGUGGGCUCUGACAAUGAGCCUUAUAAAGAAUCAGUCCCUGCCCCAAAGGCUAGGAAACCCACACAAAAGAGAAGGAGGGUUGCGAAAAAGGAUUCUAGAGAAACAUCCUCUGUUGAAGCCCCACCUUCCAUACAAAGUCCUCAUACUGUUGAGGAGCAAGCUGCCAAGGAACCAGAGCCUCAAGAGGAAGCCUCCUAG